UCUCUCUCUCUCUAAUUUCGUUAUUCUCUUCCCUUUUAGAGAGAGAGAGGAAGUUCCCCUCUUUAUUCCUAUCCAUGUACCCGCUCCCCACCCCUACAACGCUUCUACGCCGUUGAUUCCUGCUCAAUCAUCACAUCCUCUCCCUCCCCCUUCUACUCCAGCACUGCCUUCUUUAUACGGCCCUUAAAUUCCUUUUAUUUUCUUUCCUUUUCCUUUUUUCUCUCUUUUGGUGAAAUGGUAUUUAAGGUUUAGGGUUUUCUUUCCUUUUUUUGUUUAUGUUAAUCUAAAUUGAGCGUUACAGAAAGAGAAAGAGAAAAAGAGAACUAGGUUUUUUUAUUUGAUUUUAAUUUUCAUUUUGUUUAUUCGGCUAUUAUGGAGCCGCGAGUUGGGAACAAGUAUCGGCUCGGUCGAAAGAUCGGUAGCGGAUCAUUUGGAGAGAUCUAUCUCGGUACUAAUAUUCAAACGAAUGAGGAGGUUGCGAUUAAGCUUGAAAAUGUGAAGACAAAGCAUCCCCAAUUGUUGUAUGAAUCGAAGUUGUAUAAAAUACUCCAGGGAGGAACUGGAAUUCCAAAUGUAAGAUGGUUUGGUGUUGAAGGGGACUAUAAUGUCCUUGUGAUGGAUUUACUGGGGCCGAGUCUUGAAGAUUUAUUCAACUUCUGCAGUAGGAAACUGUCACUUAAAACUGUUCUCAUGCUUGCGGAUCAGAUGAUCAAUCGAGUUGAAUUUGUUCAUUCAAAAUCAUUUCUGCAUCGAGAUAUCAAACCAGACAACUUCCUCAUGGGCUUAGGAAGGCGUGCAAAUCAGGUCUACAUCAUUGAUUUUGGUCUGGCUAAGAAGUACAGAGAUACUUCAACUCAUCAGCAUAUUCCUUAUCGAGAAAAUAAAAAUCUGACGGGAACUGCAAGAUAUGCAAGCAUGAAUACUCACCUUGGAAUUGAACAAAGCCGUAGGGAUGAUUUAGAGUCACUUGGAUAUGUUCUUAUGUACUUCUUAAGAGGAAGUCUUCCUUGGCAGGGACUGAAAGCAGGAACUAAGAAGCAGAAGUAUGAGAAGAUUAGUGAAAAGAAAGUGUCAACUUCUAUUGAGGCCUUGUGUCGAGGUUAUCCUACUGAAUUUGCAUCUUACUUCCAUUACUGCCGGUCCUUGCGGUUUGAUGAUAAACCAGAUUAUUCUUAUCUGAAGCGCCUCUUUCGUGACCUCUUUAUUCGUGAAGGUUUUCAGUUUGAUUACGUGUUUGAUUGGACAAUAUUAAAGUAUCAGCAGUCACAGAUUGCCAAUCCUCCUACCCGUGCUCUUGGCCCUGGUGCUGGACCAAGCUCUGGCAUACCUCCUGCAGGUGCAAUUGCUGAUCGGCAAUCAGGUGGAGAAGAUGGUAGACCUUCUGGUUGGUCUUCAACAGAUCCGACUCGCAGGAGACACUCUGGCCCAAUUGUAAAUUCUGGAAACUUAGCAAAACAAAAAAGUCCAGUAGCAAAUGAUCCUCCUCUAGCUAAAGAUCCUAUGGCAAUGUUGUCUGGUUCUAAUUUCUUGCGCUCAAGUGGAUCUUCAAGGAGAGCUGCUGUCUCUAGCAGUCGUGAUGCAGCAAUAAUGGGGAGUGACUCUGAACCCUCUCGCCUUCGCAGCAUCGACACAAGUGCAGGAUCACUGCCAAAAAUCUCUAGUGGGCAAAGAAGCUCACCUGUUUUAUCAUCGGAGGUGAAGCGCUCAUCCUCUGGUAGAAACACCUCAAAUAUGAAGAAUAUAGAGUCUGCUCUGAGGGGCAUUGAAGGCCUGCAUUUUAGCAAUGAUGAGAGGUUACAUUAUUAGGCUACACCUGACGUGAAAUUAUUGCCUCCUGUAAAUGUUAAGAUGGUAUACAUUCUAAUGCAGUCGGAGUGGAGAAGAUGUUGUCUUUGUGUUGUGUUUUAAAAAAUCCGAGAUGAGAAGCACAAGCUAAGAUGGGAAUCAUAACUGUAAGUAGCAAUAAAGAAAGAAACAGGAAGAGUGGGAUGCCCGAUGAUGUCAAACCUAGGUAUCAAAAAUAUCCAGGUAAAGAGGCUGUUGUCUAAAUGCAGUUUAAAAUAUUUGAGUUGGAUGUUCUUUCAUAAUGUGGACGUAAGUAUUAUUGUAAAAUUCAAAGCCAGGCUAUUUGUAUUGUUUUGGAAUUGUUAGGUGGUUGCAUUUUGAACGCUGUGCUUAUCACCAUUGCCAUUUGAAUUUAGUAAAAGACGGUCCAAACGAACUAAGCUAGUUGCGUUGGUUGUCGCCUUUUUUUAUAAAAAAAUUUAUUGCUUUGUUUUGUUAUCA